AAACCCUCCUAACCCAACGCCUCCCUCAGUCCUUCUCCCUUCCAACCCUAAUUUCCCCUAUCCGCCGCCCCCCUCUUUCCUCAUAGAUCAUCAAUCUAAUCCAGUUGCUCCAUAAUCCCAACUCCUCCUUCACCUGACACCGUUGACCACACUUCAACUCCACCAAACUUUCCUUUUUUUCUGCGUACAAGAAUCUUGGGUACUGGCUUGAACUUUGGGCGUGCCCGCAGAGACGAUUGCUUCCACGCGCCGGUCAGGUCUCACCGCUCAUUCCAAGGCGCUGUUGACAGUAAUAGGCUCCGCAGAGCUCAUAGUGAUGUAUCGUCGAGCCGGUCGUCCUUUGGGAUAAAUCUGCAGAUUCGGUUCGGGAGCUCGAGAAUUGUACGAGUCCAAGAAGGGUGUUGUGGUGCCGUCAUGUGAGGUUGCCGAGAAGCGAUGCUAAGAAUGGGAUCAAUGAAUAGCAAGGAGCAGUGAGUUUCUCAUCCAUCAAGAAGUUGAGUUUGUUUUAAGGCCCGUUAAGCCAUCACCGAAUUGGACCAUUAAGGGUUCUCCUCCUCCUCCUUGUUACUCUCUGCUACUGCGGCUAGCUGCUGCCACCACCAUUCUACAAACACCACUUUCUUCUUUCGUUUGAUUUCGAGUCUCAGAAUGAUUUCAGCUAUUUCGUGGAUACCGAUAGGUGCUUCGAAGGCGGAACCCACCGUAGUUGAACCUCCUUCCAAGGAAGAAAUUCAAGAUAUAAUCACUGCCGCCAGUGGAGCAGACAGUGAAAAUGAGGAAGAAGCAAGUGAUGAACGCAUGGAUGAUGCCGGUGGCGCCGUCGAUGAAGUUGCGCGAGCACUCGAUGUUGCUGAUGCUCUCGGGAAGGCCGAUAAAUUGGACGAUAUUGCCCUCGGUUUGAAGGAGCUUGACAUGGAACAUUACGAUGAUGAAGAUAAAGGAGUUGAGGUAUUUAGUUCCGGGAUUGGUGAUCUUUAUUAUCCAAGUAACGACCUGGAUCCUUAUAUCAAAGAUAAGAACGAUGAUGAUGACUCCGAGGAACUCGAAGACAUGAUCAUUAAUCCAACUGAUUCUGUCAUUGUUUGUGCUCGUACUGAGGACGAUCUCAGUCUUCUCGAGGUUCAUAUACUUGAGGACGUCGGUACUAGUGAGAUGAACAUGUAUGUCCAUCAUGAUAUCAUAAUUCCUGCAUUUCCACUAUCCACAGCUUGGCUUGACUGCCUUCAAGGAAGAGAGAAAGGAAACUUCUUAGCUGUUGGUUCAAUGGAACCGUCAAUAGAAAUUUGGGACCUUGAUGUUAUUGAUGCAGUGCAGCCAUGCAUGGUUUUAGGUGGCAUUUCAGAAAAAAAGAAGAAGGGAAAGAAGAAAUCAAUCAAAUACAAAGAUGACAGUCACACUGACUCUGUACUUGGUCUUGCCUGGAACAAAGCGUUCAGGAAUAUACUUGCUAGUGCCAGUGCUGACAAGCGAGUCAAGAUUUGGGAUGUGGCUACUGGAAAGUGUGAGAGUACAAUGGAGCAUCACUCAGACAAGGUUCAAGCAGUUGCUUGGAAUCAUCGUGAACCAGAAAUUCUUCUUAGUGGUUCAUUUGAUCAUACUGUGGUCCUGAGGGAUGGAAGAAUGCCAUCCCAUCCUGGUUAUAAGUGGUCAGUCACAGCUGAUGUCGAGAGCUUGGCCUGGGAUCCACACACUGAGCACUAUUUUGUGGUGAGUCUCGAGAAUGGUACUGUCAAGUGUUUUGAUGUUCGGACCGCAAAGUCUGAAUCCACAUCUGAUCUAAGUUCUACAUUUACUCUUCAUGCACAUGACAAAGCUGUUACCUCAGUAUCCUAUAACGUCUCAGCACCUAAUCUACUUGCUACUGGAUUGAUGGACAAAACGGUAAAGCUUUGGGAUUUAUCGAAUAACCAACCAUCUGUUGUGGCAUCUAAAAACUCCAAUGCUGGAGCUGUAUUUUCUAUUUCGUUCUCAGAGGACAACCCCUUUGUGUUGGCUAUAGGAGGCUCAGAGGGAAAAUUGCAAGUUUGGGACACUUUAUCUGAGUCUGCUGUCUCUCGGCGUUAUGAAAAUUACAACAAGAAUAGAACUCGGUCGUGAUAUAAUUGAGCAUAAUAGUCUUCCUGGUCUCCCCUUCAUAUGUUACUGGUAGGCUAGAAGUAUUUAAGUUAGAUACAGUUGCGAAACAGGUUGAAAGCAAUAUAUUAAGGAUGGUAGAUAUAUAGAGUUUGAUAGCAUGUUCUCUCUCAUAAUUCAUGUAUUUAGCAUCCUUAUAAGUUUUGAAUGAACAUUUGUUCUACAGCUUGGAUCAUUGAGUGUUUAAAUUUUUUGCCUUUGUAAUAUAAUUGCGGUCAUGCGCUUGUGAAUAACGAGUUGCAGCGUCUUCUGUAA